AGGGCGGGGCGGGCGCGGCGCGGAGCGGAGGGACCAUGGCGGGGGCCACCACGAUCGAGGCGGUGAAGCGCAAGAUUCAGGUGCUGCAGCAGCAGGCGGACGACGCCGAGGAGCGGGCGGACCGCCUGCAGCGGGAGGUGGAGGCCGAGCGCCGUAACCGCGAGCAGGCUGAGGCAGAGGUGGCAUCCCUGAACCGCCGCAUCCAGCUGGUAGAGGAGGAGCUGGACCGGGCCCAGGAGCGCCUCGCCACCGCUCUGCAGAAGCUGGAGGAGGCUGAGAAGGCUGCGGAUGAAAGCGAAAGAGGCAUGAAAGUCAUUGAAAACAGAGCUCUGAAGGAUGAGGAGAAGAUGGAGCUGCAGGAGAUCCAGCUGAAGGAAGCCAAGCACAUUGCAGAGGAGGCGGACAGGAAGUAUGAGGAGGUUGCUCGGAAACUGGUGAUCAUAGAGGGAGACCUGGAGCGUACUGAGGAGAGAGCUGAGCUUGCAGAGUCUAAAUGUUCCGAGCUGGAGGAGGAGCUGAAGAAUGUCACCAACAAUCUCAAGUCUCUUGAGGCUCAGGCUGAGAAGUACUCCCAAAAAGAGGAUAAAUACGAAGAGGAGAUCAAGAUCCUGACUGAUAAACUCAAAGAGGCGGAGACCCGUGCUGAGUUCGCUGAGCGCUCUGUAGCCAAGCUGGAGAAGACCAUCGAUGAUUUGGAAGAUGAGCUCUAUGCCCAGAAACUGAAGUACAAAGCAAUUAGUGAGGAACUGGACCACGCCCUGAAUGACAUGACUUCCAUGGCCCGAAGAGCCCUUCAGGAAUCGAGCUUUGGUGAAAUGGGACAUCUCCCGUGGUUCCCUGAACCUCAGCGUGUCUACCCGGUGUCUGGACGUGUGGAUUUCUUCAGUGGUAUGGGUGGGCUCACCUAUGGACUAAAGCGCACCUAGAGUGCUAGUUGCUGAUCUGAGCUCUCCUCCUGGCUUAAGGACAAUAUAAACUGAAAUCCACCAAAGAGGAGCAUCUCUGCACGCAACGAAUGCUGGACCAGACCCUGCUAGACCUGAAUGAGAUGUAAUGGAGCCCCGCUGCUGCCUCUGCCACACAACGCCCGGGGUCAGCCCAGCCCCCGCUGCCCUCUAACCCUUGGGCUCCAUUUCCUUUCUGUUGCCAACUUGCCCAAAUGCAGCUCUGCUUCUUCACCUCAGGGUUAGAGGUCACUGGGUUGGGCAGAGCUUCACACAGCGUUAUUAAGGGAAAUAAACAAUGCAAUAAUGUCAGGGGAGCAUGUUUGAGAUGUACACAUUUUGUAACUACCUUUUUUUCUUUUGUAGCAAACCAUUGUAAACAUUCCAAGUAAGUGAUGCUGGUGAGCUACACCACCAAGCUCUGGGCUUUAAGUUUGGUUUGAACCCGUUGCUCUGAGCCCGCUCUGGGGGAUAGGAGGUGGGUGUGGGGCUGGGCUGGGCACGCUUUGCUCCGAGAGCUGUUUGCCAAACGAGCAGUUCAAUUUCUCAGCUUUAAGGUAACUCUGUGGAGAAGCAAUUUGAGCAAAAGCAGUUUGGUUUUGUUUUUUUUUUUUCCCCCCCCUCCCCUUCUUCUCCAAACAGCUCAAGCUGUUGGGUUGGUGGUUGUUCCCCUUUUCUUCCCCAGUGUUUCCCUUUCCUUUCUCAUGGGUUUCACACAGCCAUGGCCCCCAGUGCCCAGGGAUGGCUCUGCCUUCAUUCAGUGCUUUGCCUCUCAGCUGUGGGCUCGGCCUGACAGCUUCAGUCCAACCCUCGUUUUCUCCAAGCAGUUCUGCCUUCCCAGGGCAGAGGCCUUUCUCCCCCCGGCCUGCAGUGCUCUCACGUCUCAUCCUGUGGUGUCUGUGAGGCCGAGCGCAGGCAGGCCCGGCCGGCGCUGUGUGCUCGUCGCGGUUAUGGGGCCAAUCUGGAGGAAAAAAAGAACCAUGUCGAGUGUUUUGAUACUAAAUUGAGAACUUGUCUUACUGUCUUUUGAAAUAAAAAGCGAUCUCUCCACA